GCGCACAGUCAGUGUUUAGCAUAGCAUAGCCAUGCCAUUAGCCAUAGCAUAGCUUAAUGCAUCUGGUGAUUAAAAUUUACUGUUGUGCCAUAUAAAAUUACUUUAAAUUGACGAUAUAAACUUUAAAAUAAAGACCUUAUUUAUAAAAGUGUAUUAGUGAUGAAUUCUAGGAUAUAUAUGGUAUUAUUUUUGGCCGGUUUGGUCUCCUUCACCUCUGCAGCACAGAAUACUCAAAGGAAUUCCGGCGGCUUUGUUUUUAACGAUAAUGAAAUCGAAGGCAGCGGCUUCAAUGGCGACGGGUUAACUCGGGACUUGGAGUCUAGUGGAUCUGGACAAGGUCCUUCAGAAGAUGACGAUGAAGAUCUUGAUUCAAUGUCAGACCCUGAUCGGAGCAAACCCAACCAGCCGCCUCCCGUCGUUGAUGUGAUCCCGAGAAAAACAGAUAUUUCUCCUGACCAAAACACACCCAUAAACCCAAACAAAAACAAGGAUACCGUGAGUAUUACAGAAGAUACCGGCGUCAUUAUGAAUCCCAAGUCCGAAGAUCCUCCAACAUCGUUCUUCUCUCAGCCAGGAAUACUUGCAGCUGUCAUUGGAGGUGCAGUCGUAGGCUUGCUGUGUGCAAUCUUAGUGGUGAUGUUUAUAGUCUAUAGGAUGCGCAAAAAAGAUGAGGGCUCCUAUGCGUUGGGGGAGCCAAAACAAUCCCCUAACUCUAACUCAUAUAGUAGGGGAACGAACAAAGAGUUUUACGCUUGAAAAUAAUCUUGUUAAAAAAUAUAAAAAAAAAGAGAACGGUAACAAUAACGAAACACGUUGACUGCUGGCGAAUUUAACUAAGAACUGAAUGUUUUUCUUUGUUGCUUGUAGUCAAACGCUUUUGUUUUCUUGUAAGUAAUGUUCUAACUUAUUACUUUAACAAGCACAUAACUCAUUUCGAAUAUACAUUUAGCUCCGUUAACAAAUUAUAUUAAACAAUAAUAAUAAUAAUACUUAUUUUAACAUUGUUGCUAAAAUAAUCAAUAUCUAGAACUGCAUUGCCAAAAACUGCCAACAGUAGAUAUGCGAUCGAGCCAUGCAUUGUACAGAAAGUAAUCAUAAUUGUGUUUCGGAAAGUAAUAUUUAUGGUUCAUACCUUAUUGGAUCUUACUUAAAUUAUGCAGAAAAUUAAUGGGAUUUGACCCUAACUUCAAUAAAAGGAAAUUUAUAUAUAAUAAUAUUUAAGGUCCGUCUCUUUAGAAAGAAAUGAUUUUUUAAUGUGGGAUUACUUCAAAUUUUAAACGGGAGUAUUAAUACUUUUCUAUAAGGAAAUGAACGGACUUGCAAUUUAUAUAAGUUUUGGCGCUUUUCCCCAGUAUAUUUCUUAAAAUCCAAACUUGAUCCAAAUUUUAAAAUUGUACUACACUAAUCAUAAUAUCAAAUGCAUUUUAGAGCGCCAGAACUACUUUUGGCAACAUGUAUAUCGGAAAUGAUGCACUACACAAAUAUGAGCCCAUAGUUAUAAAAUGUUUAUAUUCAUGCUAAAAAAUCCAUGUUUAACUUCAAAAAAAUUUUAAUAUUUUAGACUUAUUUAAGAAAUGCUGUUUAUAUUUAUGGAACAAAAGGUGGUAUAUAACCGAAGAUUAGAAGUAUUUUCUGCUGUAUAGUGUUGAAAGUAAAUGAAAAAGUCAAGAUCUUACAUUCAAGUCAAGAAGUUAAAUUCUGCUAUUUAUCUAAAUUUACAUUUUAUUCUGUAAGUCUUCUGCUUACCUGCGUAUUACUUCUUUCCUUCAGGAAUAAGUUCAAGCCAUGUAUAAAAGUAUGUAAAUCUCAAUAAAUUAGGCAUGGUAUCCAUGAUCGAUUGAGCAGCUUUUGCUAAAAAUUAUUAUCUUAUAUUGUCAAUUUGUUCUUUUUUCUUAUAGAAAAUAUUUUCCUGCAUUUGUUCUGUUACAAUCAUAGAAAGGUAAAGUUUGUUUAAAAAAAGAUUGGAUAAGUUUAUUAAAAAUGUAGUGUCCACCGAACACAAUAUAGUGAACAACAGAAUCAUGCCGUAAAAUAAACUAUAUUAAAGGGAUUUUUAAAUGUAUUACCGUACAUAUUUUUAUGUACUGUAUUAGGUCAGUAACUUUAUUUCACAUGAAGUUUUUACAGCUAAAAAUUAUUUUAUGUGUAAUUGUAUUGAUAUCAAUAUUCUUUGGAUGGAAUUUUUAAAGAUAAUUUAUACUGCCCUAUAGCAAGUAAAAUAAGACUUUUUAACUACAAUGGGAGAAGGAAUGGUGUAAAAGAUGUACAAAUCACGAGUAAUUCGAUUAGGCUAAUCAAAUAGUCCACGAUAAAUUAUUCUUAUCGAUAUGGACUGUGCAGAAGGCAAAGCUAUCGAUUAUUUAAACACAAAAUUUCUACUGAAAAAGAUCGAGAGCCACAGUCAAUUCUUACUGCGAGUUUUUGACAAAACUCGCACGAACUUAUGGUUUGUCAACUUCUCCUAAAUUAACUUGUUGCAACAACUUAAUAUUAGAAAUUUUAUCACUGAAUAGAGCAAAAUUUAAAAAAAAAGGCGCAAUAUGUUCUUGAGUUAAAUUUUAUGGUUGUUUGUAGAUUUCAUAAAUAGUUACAUAGUACCCCUCUUUACUAAGGUAAAUCUCGAUCCUUUUUUUACUGUAAUUUAUAUACAUUGAGGAAAUUAUCUCUUUUAACGCAAGUGUGUACACUCUAUGCCAUUUCAUUACGGGCCCAAUUUUAUUAAGGCAACUUACUGUAUCGAGAGAUUGAGUUUCCUUUAAACCUAUAUAGCCGGACUUAACGAUUCGCAAGGGCAAAAGGAAAUUUUGUCAUGAAAAACCGCAUAAAUGAAUUAUUGUUUUACUGCAAAAAGGUUAAAUGUUUAUGUUGAUUUAUAAAUAAUGUGUUAGUCAUUCAGAAAUAUGCUGCGGGGAUAAAUCCGAGGGCACUUCCUUUCUUGGCUUUCCUCCUUGGGCCUCAAAUAAUCUUUGGAGACCUUUGCGAUUCGUUAAGACCGGCUUAAUUAAUUUUCAGGGUUUUUAAUUGAUUUUUUAUUUCAGGGUGUGUUACAUUUAUGCUAUCAGGGUUUUCAGAAUUGUGCAUCUUCUAAUUAUGCCCUCCAUUUUUUCCUAAAAAAAUUAGCCAAAAUCUUUAAUUUUUCCACAGAUCGUGUUGAGAGGUUAAGGUUCAAAGUAGAUAAAUUGAUUAUAUUAAGGUCAAUGGUAAACAAAAGUGGCUUGGGAUUGAUAAAAUGCUAAAAUUAUACAUGCAUGGAAAUUAAUUAUGAAUGUUUGCCAAAUUCAAUUUAUUGCUUAAAUAUUAAUUUAUUCUGAGGAGCCACUCCCUGAAAUUAAAAUUCUUACUCUGGAAUCGCCCUGUAUUCCUAAAUAAUCAGCAUACCUAGAAAUGAAUUAUCUGGGUAUACAAAAGUACAAUAAGAUUUAUAGUAUUUAGCAGUUAAUGUGUAAUAAUGCGUUUGUGCAAUUUUUGCCUUUGCUCUUUUAGGCGGGUAUACAUUCCUUUUCAUAUACUUUUUUUAUACGACUUUUAUACCGCUCUCGGUUAUUUGUGGUAAACAGGUUGGAGGUAACUGGCUAUUUUAUUCCAAAGACAUCAAAUCGUUAUUUUAUCAGCCAGUUUAAAUUAUUGCUUGCUAAAUGUAGGAGAUGUAACAGAAAAUUUUUCUAGUUUGUAAAAUGUAUGUAUAGGAAAUUUUAACUAUUACUUAUAAUAAAAACUUUCAGUUUUUCGUGUAAUUUAUAAUAAUUAUUUAAAAGUGUUUACGUCAAUUUUAUUUAUAAUGUUUUAACAUUGAUUUAAAAAAAAUAUAUUGUCAAUUUUAUUUCCUUAUCGGGCAGCAAGCAUUCUUUCGAUGAUAGCGCGAUUAUAGAUUUUAGCAUUUCACUAAUUAAUAUUUAUGAAAAAAUACUAAUAUACUAAGGACACAAGCAACCCAAAUUCUGCUUUUCAUAUUACUGCAGCGUAUUAGUUUAUGCGACAUAACUGUUCUCGAUGCGCAUGUUAUAGAAAAAUCUUAUACUACUAUAAACUUUCAAGAUUUUUAACCGUAAGGCCCGUAGACUAAGGGUUGAGAUUAUAUAAUAUGUUCUGUUAAUUUUAAUAUGUAUAACUUAAUUUCGAAGGGGUCCAAAUAAUCAUUUGUUAAAAUACUAAUUAACUUUCCUUGAAAUUAAGUAGUUGUUUUUUUAUGGACUGCAUUUUGUUUUUGGUUUUUUUUUUACAGUUUUAGAAAUUAUCGCGACUUAUCACAUGUCCUGACCUCAUAUAAUAUUACUAAUAAUAACAAUAAUAGUUGUAAUAAUGUAGCGUUAAGAUAUAUUUAAUAUAAUUAUUAGUAGAAAUUAAUGUUCACUAACCAUACUGGAUAUUUUGUUUAUUUUUAUACCGCAGCAAAAUUUUCUGUUAUAUCAACAUUUGCUAAAAAAGGACGUAUGGCUUUGGUGUAGCUUUAUAAAGCCUUAUAUUUUAUUAUACGUAUUUUGUUUACGAGUUUAUUUAUUUAACCCUUUUUUUUUAAGUUAAUUAGUAAUAUUUAAAAUGUGUAUCAAUAAUUAUACUAAUUAUUACCAUUUUUUAUUAUACUAUGUGGUUAGCUAUUUAAAAUGGAAGUGUAUAGUAUUAGAAUAAUGUUGUACAAUCUGGUUGUAAAUAAAAUCAAAGUAUAAAA